AUGCGGGGAUGCAUGGAUGAUGCUGGGAUGCAUCUGAUCCACUUUGAAUUCGAUGAAUCUGAUCUCUACAACUCUGCAAACACUAACUCUUUGGAAUUAUGCAAAUCUGUACGCUCCUCGAGAUUCCAUAGUAACUUCUCUGCUACCGUCGGCCAUGUCGGUGCUUCGGGAUCACUGCUGGUGAACGUGUCGGACUGGUCGAAGAUCCUUGGCAACGAGUACGAACAAAACCGGAGGAGGAAUAUAGAAGUGGUGAAGAGAAAUUCAGUUUAUCACUGGGAUUUAAACUGUCAUCUGCUUCUGCUUGAACUUGAGUGGAAGUACUCCAGAACAACCACAAUUGCACGAAAGCAAACAAUAAUUUGUGUAGAUAAACCUCAUAGAUGCUUUAAAGGACGCAAUCUUAGCAGGGUUCGAAAUGCGAUUUGGGCAAAAACGGGAUUCCAAGAUUAG